AUGGUCUGUACCAUGAUAGUUGCUUACAAGCCAAGUUGUAGACGAUCGAGCGCCGUAGCGGCGGCGGCAGCAGCAGCGGGAGCAACACACCCGCCUGCCUUCUCCAUCUCCAUUCUACCACCACCUCUGAGCCCUGGUCUUUACGGGGUCGAAAAUAUCAGGCCCUCUUCGAUACCCCCAAGGCAGCCUUCUCCUCUCACUUCGCCAUGGCCCAGAACGCCAGGGCAAGAGGUAACGGGUCCUCUUGCUGGCUGGCCCGGAUUCGACACACUGGGACACUCUCCCACGGCACCAUCAACUCCCCAGUACGCCUGGAGCACUGAUCGCAGCUUUCUCUACUCCCACUUAUCAGCCUGCGAAGAAGGCUGUACGCAACACGCCGCGGCUGUCCAUGGUGUCGUCAAAACCCUUCGUGCCUACUACCCAGGAGGGCAGGGGCUUCAUCCGUGGGGAGGGGGGGGAUGGGACUCGGAGAGCAGCGGGUGGGCAAACAACUCACCCCUACCUCCGAGCAUGUCUGGCGACAGCAACAUACCAUGGGACAUAUCCAGGCACCCGCCUAUUCUAGAGGAUGCUGAUCUGUUUGCGGUCUAUAUAAACCUCAUUUCCCAGUUCAAGGCAUCGUUAGAUGGGAACCCAGAUGCGUCGAACCCCUACAUCAAGUAUUAUGUUCCAUACUGUAUUCAGUCGCAGCUCCUUCAGCGUGUCGGUGUCUACACAGCUGCGUGUUUCCUCGCCGAUUCUGGACAUGUUGAUCUCACGGCGGCCAUGGCGCAGAAAAGCCAAGUAUUUGAGCUCGUCAACAUGCAUCUCAGCUCGCAACUGUCUACCAGCGACGAGGGGAUCACAGGUGUCGUUCAGCUUGUUCUCAACGAGUGGCACUGGGGAAACGAAGGCGACUUGCGUGCCCACUUGAGCGGCUUGCGAGAGAUGAUCAGGGUCCGAGGCGGAUUUCGUACCCUGGGUUUACACGGGCUGAUCAGCAAGCUUGCCAUCACAGCCGAUGUGGCCAUUGCCUUAUCCUCUGAAACGGCCCCUUUCCUGCGUGGCGGCGCCGAGUUUGAGUUCCGCGACAACAGUCAUGUGCCGCUGCGUCUGCCACUCAACACACCUUUUAUCCCCAAACUCGCAACUUUUGCAUCCUGUGGCGAAGCCCUUCGCACCCACGGCGCCGUGGCCUCUAUCCUCGACGACAUGCGGUUCCUCCUUGCCGCCGUCCUUGCGCUGCCCCAAGAGCCGACAGCGAAAGAGCUCCAAAAAGUGCAUACGACAUCAGGAUGGAUCCACGAAAGAAUGGUGAACCUCUCCGUGGAGGGCCCGGCGCUACGUCGCCUGUCCACUGCCGCAGCCGCGGCGUCUCCUGCCCCGUCAUCAGCCGCCAGCACCACUUCAGCAACGUUUAGCCCAUUAGACACCAGGCCUAGUCCAGAACUGGGAGACGACUACCACAGCAGCACCAGGGGUCGGCCUCUUGGUCUGAAGCAGCAGCAACACUCUCCACUUCCUGUUCGUCCCAUGCAACUGCCAGGCGACGAACACUCCAGCGUGCUGCGCCUCGACGGCUCACCAUCGCCAGCCCGAGCUGCAGCCUCGUCCACACACUCCACGGCGAUGAUGCCGUCGGAUCCUCCAGAUUACAUUUACCAGUCGGUCCGGCUCGCCGCCAUCCUCUACAGCCGGGCCAUCAUGCUCCGCCGUCCCUUCAAGCAGAUUGUAACACCGGCGGAGCACCUACAACUUUGGAGGACCACAUGGAAGGUGCCGCUGUCCACGUGGCGGUCCCUCCUCGGGGUGUUCAACUGGAUUCUGCUGCCUCUUGUGUCGUCGUCGAGCACCCAGGAACAGGACUCGAACAACCACGGGCACUUUGUCAAGGGCAUGCUGAACGUAAGCUUGCUGCAAAUCGGGAUGGAGAAUUGGGAGCUGUGCGGCGGGGUUAUGGAAGCGUCCGUGGGCCUGCAGAGGUGGUUGUCGGGGAGCGGAGUUGAAGCUGGGGACGGUGGCAACGAGGGUCAAAAAGAUGAUGGGGCGGGGAUGGAGAAACGGGGGGGGGAGAAAUUGGAUAGGGGGCAGGGACCGAAGGACAAGGGCAAGCAGGUUGCCGGGUGA